AUGCAGCUGGUGCUGCCUUCUGGUGACGGUUGCGGGGGAUGGGAGAAAGUGACAGCACUUUGCGAGGUUCCAUUGCCGCGACCUUCGGUAUUCGGAAUCAAGAAAAGACCUACCUUCAGCAUUGGCCUCCACGACUACGUGGGCAGACCUAACGGGCUGCUGAACUUCUUAGAGAUAGUCGGCGGCCUCGCCUUGUACACGUCGAUAUCGGCCAGCCCGGGGGACUCGAAGGCGGUGCGCCUUCUGUCGAGCUCGGCGUUCACGUUCAGCUUCAACAGCGUCUGCAUGAUGGUGGCCAGCAUGGCCAGCCCCCAGUGCGCCUAUUACCUGCCGCGCACGUUUUACUACGUCGUCUUCCAAGGGCUGGGUGCCUUCUGCUACCUUAUCGGCACCUUCUUUACCAUGCAAGACAGUCAGCAAGUACCGGCCCAUUUGAUGAUCGGCUACUGCGUUGGAGGACUUCACGCCUUGCACUGCGGCUACGCCUGCUACAAAGUGUACAUCCAGAAAGGGAGGUCCGGAUGGCUAUGAGGAGUCUGCGCCGUCGAGAGCCCAGCUGGCUGUGUUGCAAAGCGUUAUCUGUAGUCUUAAAUAUAUUUGUUAGCGCGCAUGCGUUGUGAGGUUAGUCUGUACACAACCGCGCUGAUACGUCGUCGCGGAAUGAUUUUUGCGGUCCGCAAUAUAUACAAGUUCUCUGUGCAGAAAAGAGUCACAUUGAUGGCUUUUAGUUAAACCGGUGCUGUGGGACUAGUUGGUGGAAAAAGACAACAGCCUGGCUCUGCUUGAAUGCAACUUACCAAUAUCGUGAAUAAACCGCUACCGCAUGUUUUGUUGCCAGUUGAAAUUCACUCUAUUGUUAUUUGAACAACCGACAAAUGGGGCUCUUUGAUUAACCGACUGACCUGGUUGCUCUUUGACUGACUUACUAGAUGAAUAGCUGUGGUUGCCUGUGGUUGUCUGGUGGGUCGCAGGUGGGGUGGCUGGCUCGUUUGCUCGCAGGAUGGGCCGCGUUGAGCUGGGUUGCGCCAGGCCGGGCUGUCCUGACAUGACUUAACCGAGGGUAGCAUUCUGGAAAUUGUCGAAUUCCGCCAUAUUGUCAACUUCGCUAUCUCAUCAGUUCUGAUGGGAUCGACAUGCCGCCAGUUCAGGAGUUUGACGAUAUGGCGGAAUUUCAAAGUGUCAAGAAUGUGCGCUGGCUGGCUGGGAACGAGUGAGGUAAUGACUGUUCUGUUUACUGCGCUAUACUGU